AUGUCGGGUCCAGCCAACACCGACGAAGACGAGAAGGGCAGUGGACAGGAGACUCGGAAACGUCGCCAGCGAGCCUGCAAAAUUUGCUCGGUGUUGAAGCGCGCGGAUCAAGCACGUGGGGGUGAAACGACGUUUUACUGCGCGGCAUGCAAACCGAAAACUGCGUCCAAGCACGCGCUGCCCUCGCGCGUGUUCCUGGGUAACAAGGUGCGACGCAAGCGCAAACUGCGUGCUCGGAAGCCUGCGCGUGUUCGUGGUGACGACGAGAGUGCUGGAGGCGACGCGAGUGAUCGGUCUGGUGACGAUUCGGCAACCGUCGUCCCGCCGCUGCGGCGCCAGCGUACACGAGCCAUUGAUGACCCGGAGAGCGAGGGGGACACGAACUAA